AAACUGUCGCCUAAGACGCCUGGUCGUUUCGUGAUGCUCACUGUAUGCCGCAUGUCUGGCGUCGCAUAGCACAGUCUUGUAAGACGGGAGAGGGAUCGGCCCCUGCUGCGUGUCAGCCGGAAUUACAUUUAUAGAUUGUUAAGUAUUCAAUAAAGGCGGCGCAUCUGAGGAAGUUGAGUCCGUGCUCACGCAAACCUUAAGGGUUCUGACCGUUUCAUUUACCUCCACCAUACGCUUCCAUUAGCCUCUCCCAAAUUACUGUAAGGCAAUCAUGGGGAAACAGAACAGCAAGCUAACCCCUGAGGUAAUGGAAGACCUGGUGAAGAACACAGAGUUUAACGAACACGAGCUUAAGCAGUGGUACAAGGGCUUCCUGAAAGAUUGUCCCAGCGGUAAGCUAAACCUAGAUGAGUUCCAGCAGCUAUAUGUCAAGUUCUUCCCUUAUGGUGAUGCAUCAAAAUUUGCACAGCAUGCCUUCAGAACCUUUGAUAAGAAUGGUGACGGGACUAUUGACUUCAGAGAGUUCAUUUGUGCCCUGUCCAUCACAUCACGGGGAAGCUUUGAGCAGAAGCUGAAUUGGGCCUUCAACAUGUAUGACCUAGAUGGAGAUGGAAAAAUCACCCGAGUAGAGAUGCUGGAAAUCAUAGAGGCUAUUUACAAAAUGGUUGGCACUGUGAUAAUGAUGAAGAUGAAUGAGGACGGGCUGACACCAGAGCAAAGGGUGGAUCGCAUCUUUAGCAAGAUGGAUAAGAACAACGAUGACCAAAUAACACUGGAUGAGUUUAAAGAGGCAGCAAAGAGCGACCCAUCGAUUGUACUGCUUUUGCAGUGUGACAUGCAAAAGUGAGGGUGUGCCAGUGUGCACUGGACUCAGUAUAUUGUAAUGUUUACUCAUAUUCAGCCAGUUCCACAAGAUUAACACGAAAUAUAUUUGGACCACUCAAAUGAACUUGCUUCUUGUGGUUGAUGAACAAACAAAAAACAAACAAAAAACAAAAGAAAACUAGUAUGCAUGAGAAUGUCAAAUGCUAAGAGUUAAGAAUAUACAGCACAUUUAAUUUCAAACCUGCAACAAAGUAAGGUGUGCAAAAUGAGUCAGAUUGUUUUCACUCUUUCAUUCAUUGGUAGUUGGUGAAGUGCUCCACAAUAGGCUAUUUCAUUUUUAGCUACAAGACUUAAAGAUCAUAUCACAAUAGCUACUGUAUUUCGUACGGUGGUUCAGGUAUUAAAAGCAAAAUGUCUCAAUAUAAUGUAACAAUUUCUAUUAAAACAGUAUGUUGAACUUUGAUCUUUAAAAUUCAAGGAGGGUAGAGGGGUUAAUUUAGCCUACCUCCCAAAUGUGCUUGUACUUGAUGAUAAAUGUAAGUAUUUGCAUGCUUGUCCUAAGUGUAAUGCCUAAUCUCUCCUAUCAUUUCUUUUGGCAACCUUGACAAAUAACAUAAGGAGGCCUUAUAAAUGAUAACAGGAUCAGCCCAUUAGAUAUCUUUCCUUGGGUGCAUGUCCCCCGACUCUCCACCCCCCCCAAAAUAUUUACAAUGUGUAUUUGUAGAAUUUAUCUGUAAGGACAGCAAUAUGUUGUGGAUAUUGUCUUCGACAACUUUAGCUUUGCCUCUGCUAUUGGUUUAUUCUCUGCAGUGACAAAGGUUACAAUACCCAUUUCAGGUCCUUUAGUAACGUUGCAGUUGCAGACCAGUAAGUGAAACUGGCUCACAGGUUUUUCCAGCGAUUGCCACACAACUGCCCAGCCACUUUUUCCGCCAUUCCCUUUUUUUAAGUUAUGUGUAAAUCAUGUCACUGUGCGCAUGUUUGGAUACCUGUAAUUUUGUUUUAAAUGGUAAAAAUUCUGAGAAAGCAAUUAAAUCACGUUCUUUCUUUUCCUGGAGGGCUCUAAUAAUCAAGAAGCAAUCCUCUAAAAUAUGUUUGGUAUACAACCUCAGCCUAAUGUGGUAAGUUUUUAUUGAACUGUUUUUUUGUAAAAUAUUUCUACACAAGUUCUUGACAUUUAAUAACCACUGUUUAUACAGUAAUUUAUGCAUCUUUGAAUGGAAAAUGAUGAGGGGUUUUGCAAGAGUUUUAAGCCACAACUUAAUUUCACUACUUGAAGCAAAUAUUUGUUAUUCACCACAUACAUUCUUAACAAAGGGAUUCUUUGAGGGGUCAUGGUAGAGAAUUUUGUUUUGUCUGAACAAGGGUUAACAGAACUCUUUACAGCAGGAUACAUCCAUUCCUUAUGGUGUUUUACAGAACAUCUAUGGAGUGUUGUUUUCCUCACACCAAUAUUCCCUUCCGUUAUAGGGGCAAAUGAAAGAACCCCAGAAUAGCGGCUAUAUUAACCCCAUAGCAUCAAGCCCGUGCAUGUUCUACAAAGCUCAGGAUGCUGUGAAGUAUUUUUUUUUCGCUCCUAGGCCCUCCUUGUAGAAAAUAAUCCCAAACCUGCAGAUGUAUAUCUCUGACAUGUAAAUAUUUGUACCUAAUAUGGAAAAGAAAUACCAAAUUUAAAUAAGUAAUUUGACUGUGUAAUAUGAUGUAUGUGUUUUAUUUGUGGCAUGUCUUCAACUUGGUAUGUAACGGUUGCACUGACAACAUUGUGAUUCAAAUAAAUAAACUGUCUGUGGGCUGUUUUCAGAAAA